AUGACGGGUACGCAAUCAAAUCGACGAUAUGGAGCUGAAGCGUCCAUAUUGCUUAUCGGCAUGCGUGGAACUGGUCUCUCGACUCUUGCUUUCAUGGCAGCCAGAGCACUCAAAUUCCGGGUUGUCGAUUCUGAGCAAGUGUUCCAUCAAGUAACGGGUCUGUCACGGCACUCGUAUAGCUCGAAAUACGGGGCUACCGAAUACAGAAGACGAGAGUUGGAACUGCUGCAGUCGAUGUUGUCGCAAAACUCGCAAAGUUGUAUUAUUGUCUGCAGUCUUGGAGCCAUUCAGGGGACUGGACAGGAAUAUAUCGCCCAGUACAGCAAAGGCCAUCCUGUGAUUCAUGUUAUGCGGGAUGCCAAAAGUGUUCAAAAAUACCUGAAAAGUCGAGACAUUGAGACUGUGACCGAGCUCAUCCGACGUACUGAUCCAAUCUAUCGUCGGCUGUCAUCGUUCGAGUUCUACAAUGUGAAUGAUGCUUCAUCAGAUCACUGCGAACUCAACGGAAAGACCAACGAACAAGUUCCGGGAACCCUUACCCUGAAGCAGCUCGAGGCAGACUUUGUCCAACUUGUCGAGAGGAUAUCAUUUCAUCAGACGUACCCCCACGACGCCAGAGAACAUUCGUUCCCCGUUUCGCCAGAAGUGCGCCAAUAUACAUACGCGCUUCCGGUUCUGCUAUCAGAUUGGAGCGAAGGCUUUUCCCGAGUCGGAAACGCUGACAUUCUAGCAGACGCUUUACAGCUCAUAGUUGCGGACUAUCGGACUGUCCGUCAUGAGCAAGGGCUAGACGAUCUGACAGCUACGAGGAUCAGUCAACAAUACUUCCAGGCAAAGAGACAAAGCCAUCUUCCUGUCAUGUUUCACGCUGCACGAUACACAUCAACCGACUUUCAUGUUCGCAGCAUGAUCGGUCCUCCUGUGCCUGAUCAUGCAUACAUGCGACUACUCAACCAUGGACUUAGACUUUGCCCGGAGUAUCUCUGUAUCGAUCUUUCGAUAGAUGAAGCAGAGAUUUUGCGCCUUGUUGCAUCAAAAGGCUCCACAAAGAUUAUCGGGGACAUUCACAUCGAGGAGCCUGGAGUCGAUGGCUGGAACCAACCUGGCCGCAAGGAACUAGUUGAGAAAGCCCAGCGUCUUGGGUGUGAUUUGAUUCGGAUGUCGCAAGACGCACAGAACAUGGACGACAACUUUGCUGUCCGGAGCUUUGCGUACAAGAUCAAGACUGAUGUCGGCAUUCACGUUCCACUCAUCGCCUACAACACGGGACGCCUAGGUCGCACUUCCCAAUUCCUGAAUCCUAUAUUCAGUCCGGUAAUGAAUCCUGUGUUUUCUCCAAGUAGUCAUCCAGGACCUACACGAGAGCAGCUUCUCACGGUGCGCGAGUCUCAAGCUGCACUGUACUCGUCUCUGGUCCUGGAAGGCUUGAAGUACGGCAUAUACGGUAGCAAUGUCACCCAUAGCUUUUCACCACAGAUGCAUAACGCUGCCUUUGACUUUUGUGGAAUGCCACAUGAAUAUAGCAUCUUCCAACAUGCCACACUAGGACCCUUACGAGAAAUUCUUCAACGAGAAGAUCUAGGGGGCGUGAGCAUUUCGGCACCAUUCAAACAGGACGUUCGGCAAUAUGUCGACUCAAUGAGCUUUGAAGCUCAGGCGAUCGGUGCCAUAAACACAAUCUUGCCUCUGCGAUCAAAGUCAACGAAUCCUACAACUUUGCGAAAUCGAACAGGAAAGGUCACAGGUCUGCAUGGCGACAACACAGACUGGACAGGAAUCUAUGAAUGCGUGCAACGAAACCUUUCCCCAAUCAAUGCUAUCAAGCCUGGCACAACUGCGCUUGUCCUUGGUGCUGGAGGUAUGGCACGCGCAGCGAUAUUUGCAUUGAUUCGGCUUGGGGUCCGUACAAUUUUCAUCCACAAUAGGACGGAGUCCAAUGCAGUGAGGCUGGUCAAGCAUUUUCAGGGCAAGUCAUUCUCAAAAGAUCAGGAUCCAAAUUGCUACCACUCAGUGUCCAAACACGAUGAAGCCGCUGUGAUACGAGUACUCCAUUCAAGAGACGAGCCUUGGCCGACAAAUGUUGCAGCUCCGACAAUCAUAGUGUCUUGUAUCACAGUGCAGGAAGCUGAGGACAAGCCACCCGUAAAUUUUACGCUUCAAGAUAGCUGGCUUGAAAGCACCACAGCAGGUGUUGCAAUUGAGCUUGCAUAUACCCCUAUCGAGACGCCAUUCUUACAACAAAUUCGCAGCCUCGCUGACCAAGGCUGGAUUGCCUGUGAUGGCUUGCAAGUACUACCGGAACAAGGCGUUAAGCAGUUUGAGCUUUUCACUGGGAGGAAAGCACCACAGAAGCUUAUGAGGCACAUCGUGUAUCGCGUUCUACAUGAAGCAGAAGCGAAAACUUCAGACAGACCGCCGGCUUGA